UCCCUCGCAUCGUCUCCUCUCCCCUCCUCCGCUUUCCUCUGCCUGCCUGCCUUUCUCAUUUCACAUCUCUCUCUCUCUCUCUCUCGCUAAAAACUUGGAAGAAGAAGAAGACUUCUCCGCAACUGCUCCGAACGAUCCAUCAUCGCCGAUCUCAUCUCUCUCUUGGGUGUCGCCUGCUCCCCCCAGCCCCGCAAUGUCGACUGAGAAGGAAAGGGAGACCCACGUUUACAUGGCCAAGCUCGCCGAGCAGGCCGAGCGCUAUGACGAAAUGGUAGAAAGCAUGAAAAAGGUUGCCAAGCUCGACCUGGAGCUGACAGUGGAGGAGAGGAACCUGCUCUCUGUUGGCUACAAGAAUGUCAUUGGUGCAAGGCGUGCCUCCUGGCGAAUCAUGUCCUCGAUUGAGCAGAAGGAAGAAUCAAAGGGCAAUGAGAACAACGUUAAACUGAUUAAGGGUUACCGCCAGAAGGUGGAGGAGGAGCUCUCCAAGAUUUGCAGCGACAUUUUGUCCAUCAUAGACCAGCAUCUGAUCCCCUCCUCCAACUCAGGAGAGGCCACUGUUUUCUACUAUAAAAUGAAAGGUGACUACUAUCGCUACCUUGCUGAGUUCAAGACUGACCAAGAAAGGAAGGAGGCUGCUGAGCAGUCGCUGAAGGGCUACGAGGCUGCAUCCAAAACUGCCAACACGGAUCUCCCAUCGACUCACCCAAUCCGUCUUGGGCUUGCUCUCAACUUCUCGGUCUUUUACUAUGAGAUAAUGAACUCCCCUGAAAGGGCCUGCCAUUUGGCAAAGCAAGCUUUUGAUGAAGCAAUUGCUGAGUUGGACACUCUGAGUGAGGAAUCAUACAAGGACAGCACACUGAUCAUGCAGCUCUUAAGAGAUAACCUCACUCUCUGGACCUCUGAUCUUCCCGAGGAUGGAGGUGAAGAUGGUGUCAAAGUCGAAGAAACCAAACCUGCUGAACCCGAGCAUUAAUCGAGAGCCAAGUCUCAAGGAAACGGCCAUUAGACGAUAGAGAACAAUUGCAGAGUGUGGCUAUUUUUUAAUUUCGAAGCUCUUCAUUCCAAAAGCUGAUCAGGAUUAGCGGUCGGGACAAUCCAAAUAUCUAAAAGAGUUCAUUGUGCUCAGAUCAGGAGUAUAAAAUCUGAUACGGUUUAUCGGUUUUUCUUUAUUACCCUUUAACAUCUUUGCCUCUAUCUUUUGUGUUAAGUUGUCGCCAUGAACUUGUUACUAAAGAAUAUCUUAUAAGCUGUACGUUGUAUGCGGUAUUAUAGCUUUUCUUCCAUUAAUUUCUCAUUUGCUUUUGGAAUGCCAUUAUAAUUUCUAUGAUA